GGAAAAGAGGUUCAUAGGAAGUAAGAAAGAUCAAACUCUGCUGGUUUAAAGAUCUCGUGAGCUCUUUUUGCGAACCCUUCCCCCCCCAUAGCGCAAGGCACCAGCAGGAAAUAUUUGUCCUCGCCUUAUACCUAGUAUCCAUUCAUCUCGGCCAUUACAAAGAGGGCGCCCUGACAAAUCAACAGCACGUGUGUUUUGCCAGCAUUGAUCAGCAGUGAUCUCUGCUUUCAACAACAUUUUCUAUAAACCCUAAACUUUGACUCACCCUUGCCCGUGCCUGUGACCGGGGCUUGGGAAUCUUUCUCCGUGAUGACCUCACUCAGUACUGCCUCGUCGCUAAAACCAAGCGAUAAGGCCAAAAUGAGUCGUCUCCCAUCCGUUUCCAGUCUGAUGUCGCCUCCAGAGUCGAAACCUCUGGAGGUCUUCAAUCCGACUACGAUGUCCAGUUUCACACUGUCGCAGGAUCCAGCAUAUAGUCAUAGUAUGGAACUUCCUCCUAUCCCAGGCAACCGGAAGCGUACUCAAUCAGAAAUGGACUUGCCAUCCCCUCCUGUUACGCCCUAUGCUGGAACUAAAAAGAGGAAAUCAUAUGUCUCCGAACAAAUUGACAAAGAUGCUGUUGGCACUUCCAGAGAUCCUCUUCUAUUCCCCCGACAUGAAUCUAUAAAUGACAUUGCCACUGACGAACCUUUGUUUGGGCCCAUGCUUCCCAACACCGCGGAAGCGUUGGUCAACCAACAUAUCAAUUCUCACAUGGCGAUGUUCGAGAACAAACUAAAUAAGCCGACGCGCGACGAGUAUCUUCUAGCUCUUUCAUGCGUACCGAUCGUAUCUUCGCAAUUUAAUCGCAAUCCAGCAGCAUGGGCCAAAGAGGAGCGAGAGACAUUAGAGCGUCAGUUGUCACUGAUGAACCGAUGUCGCCCACGGUCAAUCGAGUCCAAGUUGAAGACACUGGCACCAGCACCAGCGAAAAGGGCGCUGGCUGCACAGCCUCGUGUUCAACGGGCCUCUAGAGUAAAGCGAACACCGAAGUCUACACCAAAGCAGAAAAUCCUUGAGAGUUUUGACCUCCCGCCAUCAAGCGCGAGGCAAGCUCGCACUAUAGGAACUAAUCGAGACGAUAUCGACUAUAGCUCCAUCCAAGAUUUUUCUCCUUCGAUAGAGACUCUUGGUGGCAAUGCAAAGGCGCUGAAAGCAGACUGGAAAGGGCAGGUGUUAGACCUCAGUCUCGACCCUGACAGGGAUCUACUCAGUUCAGCAGAGCUUAGCCUGGCAGCAACCUUGAGGCUCUCAUGCGCAACGUAUUUGUGCAGCAAGCGGCGAAUCUUCGAAGCUAGAGUCAAGGCCUUAAAUGUUGGUAAGGAGUUUCGAAAGACAGACGCCCAACAGGCCUGCAAGAUCGACGUGAACAAGGCAAGCAAACUGUGGACUGCUUACGAACGCGUGGGCUGGUUCAACCCAGAACAUUUUCAACAGUAUCGACAACAGUAGGGCUUGGAAUCUCAAGUUAUCUCUUACAUCGAAGACGUCUUACUACCGCCUUUCCUCCUGGGUAGUAAGCAAUCCGGUAUUCGAAGUUUGGCAGUGCAUCAUGUUAUAUCACAGUUGUUCACGC